CACUGCUGUUUCUGAGAACCACGUCAGUGUACAAGCAUUAUUUCGUCAUAUUGCCCAGAGAGCAGUGACGGGAGGUUGUGAAAAGCGCCCGUCUUGUUUGUGAGAUCAGUAUACGACCUGGUUACAUCAUGCAGCCCUGGACUCUCAUCGUCUUCGUUGCAGUGUUAGUGCUACCAACCAUCAGAAGCCAGGGCGCCCUCUCAGAAUGUCCAAACCUUACACAGGACAUCCUCGGGUGUUCAACGCAGUUCCUGAAAGAAACAUCCAUCAAAGGAUUAUUCACAGAUUUCACUAAAGUUUUUAAUUUUGGAUCUCUUCUGUCAAGUUCGACAUCGAUCUUGUGUCAGGCAUCAACCAAGACACUUGUUUUCGACUUCUAUGGAUGUUUAUAUGCCAAGUUAUUCGCUUGCAUUCCAUCUGCCUGGCAAAGAGCAUUCACAUCCCUUGACCAGACAAAAAAGGCACUCGACUACAUGUGUAACAACAUAAACGAUGUGGACCAUGCAUGCCUGGCAGAAACUGGAAGGUCAACCACCCUGCUGAACUGUGUGCUGAAUGGCUCCACAGGAGGUUCUGACUUGUCAACGCCUGAUGGAUACCUCGCAACCACCUGCAGUUCAUCGCAGCUGUCUGUGAGCUGCAUUAAGACAGCCUAUGGUUCGUGUCCGAAGAGAACUGGAGAUGUCCUGGCAGAAGUGGAGAAGCUCGGGAAACCUGCUGCCUGUGACGCCUGUACCUCUCCGCCUUCACUUCUCCUCGUGCUGUUCUCAGUGCUGUCCUUCAUGCUGGCCUUGCUCAAGUAGAUACCCUAAUGGCACUGAUAUACACAACUGAUCAAGAAUUUGAACUUGUGUUAUUUUUGUUGUAGAUAUUUCGAAACAGGGAAACUGAAAUAAUUUAACGAAAAGAGUUGGCCCAACUUCGUUACUUAUUCACAGAUGUUUAUCUGUUUAAAAAAAACCCACCGAUAUGAUUUAUAUAUUAUUAUCUCCCGACUGCCAUGCUACCGUCCAUUUGUUUUUCGGGACAAAAAUGUAUAAACCUUCACUGUUCCGUCAUCUCUCUGUGAUGAAACACAUACAUCUUCACUUGUGUUUAAUAUAAUUUUGAUGGAUGCAGUUGGGUCUAUCGUGUAUCGUGUCGGAGCAAAUCACAAAAUACGUUCACAAAUUCACGAACAUCGCAUACAUAUGAUCCAGAUUGUGCGUGGUACAGCUUGCAGGGCAGUAGAAAGCAUCACGGUGCUGAGACAGAUAUCAAUAGAUGACAAUGACACAUUCACAACAAUCCACCAGGCGGUAAUCUAAAGCAAAAAACCAUGUUCAGAUUGAAAACAUCAAUAUUCUUUCCGUUGCCAUUGAAACGUGUAAGCAAGUUUGUAUUAGGCAGAUGGUGAUUUGCCUGAGGGCAGCCAUAUUGUUCCAGAAGUAUUACGGCUGCUGGUUGUGAUGUUGCAAAAUGUUUUCUUUAUAUGCAGUACAACAAAACAAAACGGAAACUAGGAUCAUGUACUGUACCUGUGUUCACAGGAUUACAUGGGAUUAGUCUGAUUUAUAUGUUCCCAAAAACAAAGUAAUUGUGGUCACUUAAUUCGUCUUCUUGCUUAAUGCAUUAAAGACAUUGAAGUGUACUGUAAUUUAAUUCCGAUGAAACUGACUACAUGUGCUUAAGGAAGUGGUUUUCUUUUCAUUCUACCCAGCAAUAACUACGGGAAAUAUACACAGAUUAUGUAUAAAUGUGAGGUUAUUUUCACGUCACACCAGAAAUAUACUGUUGGAAAUGAAUAAGGGAACACAUAGUUUUAGACACAGUACAAUGAUAUGGUAUCGUGGGUUCCAGCCUUGUCUGCCAAAUACACGUGGGAAACAUUGCACACAAACACAUCGCAACAUUUGAUUCUGACAGUUGUUGAACUUGUAUGCGCCCUUAUCGAAAUCUACUAACAGUAAAGCUUAUUAUUAUUGACCAUUGUUCAUUGUUACUUUAUUCAUUUCCAUCAGUAUAUAUAUACUAGCAUUUUGAUUUUCUUGUCUCCCUAAUACCCUACUGUUUCAAAGUGACCCUGGUGUGUGUUGA